AUGGUCGCUGACCCAGAAAAGGGCGUUUACGCCGCCAGCGCCCCCGCCGAUGCCAGCUCCACCGACGCUGUCGACGAUGCCUCAGGCACAGGCAUCCUGUCCUGGCUGCGUCGCUUUGAAGCUCGCCUGGACGAGAAACUCGGCCUUGAAUCUUCCGCCAUCGAUCGCAAACGUGCCGAAGACAAGAAACCAGUCCCUUGGCAUGAAGAGCUGACCAUGGCCCUGCUCUGGGCCAGUAGCACCAUGAACACCUCCUGUUUCGCGACCGGCUUCCUGGGCUGGGAGUUUGGCCUCACUCUGCGCCAGUCCAUUGUCAUCACCAUCUUCGCCUCGCUGCUCGGUGGUGCCUUGACCGGUUACUCGGCCACCUUUGGUGCUGCGACGGGUCUGCGCCAGAUCAGUGUGAGCCGGUACAGCUUCGGCUGGUGGCCCAACAAGCUGAUUGCCCUCCUCAACAGCAUCCAGCAGAUGGGUUGGGCCGCUGUCUCGUGCAUUACUGGCGGUUUGGCUUUAACUGCUGUGUCUGAUGGGCACGUCUCUCUUAUCCUGGGCAUUGUCAUCCUAGCCGUCGUGGCCUUGAUCAUCUCCUUUGUCGGUCUGAACGCCAUCGUUGUCUAUGAGCGAUACGCCUGGAUCGUCUUCUUUAUCAUCUUCCUCAUCAUCUUCGGCGAAACCGGUCCAUACGCCGACAAUACGAGCCAUCCCACUGCCAGUGGUCUCAGCCUCUCGGGCUCAGUCCUCAGCCUGAUCGCCGUUGUCUACGGCUCCAGCGCUUCCUGGGCAACGAUGGCCAGCGACUACUACGUUCACUACCCAGCCAACGUCAGCCGAGUCAAGGUCUUCUUCAUGACCACCUUUGGCAUCGGCAUCCCCACCUCGAUCGGCAUGAUCGCCGGCUGCGUCGUCUCCUCGGCCUUCAACACCAACCGACCCGACUGGCAAUCAACCUACGAAGACCAAGGCCUUGGCUACCUCAUCCAAGCCAUGCUGCACCCCCGCGGCUUUGCCAAAUUCCUGCUCACCCUUCUCGUCCUCUCCGGCAUCAACCAAAACGUCAUCAGCAUCUACAGCGCCGCCAUCUCCUUCCAACAACUCUCCCGCCCCUUCGCCCGCAUCCCGCGCUUCCUCUGGACGCUCUUCUGCUUCGCCUGCAUCCUAGCCCUUGCCAUCGGCGGCCGCGCCAAGCUCAACGAGUACCUGCAAGACUUCCUCUCCCUGCUAGGGUACUGGUGCACCAGCUACGUUGUCAUCCUCUUCGAAGAGCACUACCUCUUCCGGCGGGGCAACUUCGACAACUACGACCUGGAGGGGUGGAACGAUCCGGCCAGGUUACCGGUGGGCAUUGCAGCGGCCUCGGCUUUCUUGAUUGGUGUGGUGGCGUGGUGCAUGGGGAUGUCGGAGACGUGGUUUGUCGGUCCCCUGGCCAAGGUCUUUGGGGCUGCGGGCGGCGAUGUCGCGAAUGAGUUGACGUUUGUGGUUACGGCGGUUAUUUAUGCCCCGGCGCGGUAUGUUGAGUUGAAGGUUUUUGGAAAGUGA